ACUUGUCCCUGAUCAUUGUGCUGUGAGCAAAGCCAAAAAGCCCAACCCGAGGGGAGUCUCCACUAGCCAGCGGGGCUGUUGGGAUUUGACUGCUGACCCCCAUCCUCACCAGAGAUGGAUCCCAGGACAUCCCUCUACCUUGUGCUCAUCUUCAUUGCCUGGGGUGCCUGCUCCCAGGAGAACUGUCUCUGCGCCCGCGGCUUUUGUGACCAUGGCUGGGUGCAGUAUCAAGACUCCUGCUAUAAGGCUGUGAUGCAACCGACAAAGUGGCACGAAGCUGAGGUGGCAUGUCAAAGCUAUGGCAAGAAUUCCCAUCUGGCCUCCAUCCACAGCGCAGAGGAAAAUGACUUCAUCUUUCACCUGAUGGGCAAGCCGCUGGAUUACACUAAAGGACAGGCCUACUGGAUCGGCGCACACGACACUUUCAAGGAGGGGUCUUUCAUGUGGACGGAUGGUUCCGAAUACAAUUUCCGGACAUUUCCUCCAAGCCAGCCCGAUGGCCUCCCGGGAGAAAACUACCUGGGCUCCUGGAUCCUGCAAAACGGCUUUGUCACCUGGAACGACUAUGGCACCAGCUGGUCCUUCCCGUUUGUUUGCAAAUACAUCCUGCGGAACAGCUGCAGGGACUGCUCCGUGUAACAGGACGUGGUGGAAGACGCGGCCUGUAUCCUGCAGCAGAGGCUGCAUCACCUUCCUGUGCUGUAACUUCACAUCUGGAACCAUUUACUGCUGUGUCCUUAUCCCGUCUUAGGUGUUCUGGGUAGAACUGGGCAACUAACAGGUUUCGGGGUUUGUUGGGAAUUCUGAAUCAUUUGGAGGGCAGGGGAUUCAUUUUAGGACAAACUGAAAUUUUAUUUUAAAAAAUAUUCUGCAAAUGGAGAAGUGGUGGUGAUGGGGAAAUCAUUUUGAGUCCAAUGAACAUUUUGUUUUGAUUGUUACCAUUUUAAAACUCUGUUUUUAAUCAAACUAAAGGCCAUUUCAAAAGAGAAAGUAGUUUCAGACCAAAGACACCAAACGUUUCGAUUUGUUCUGGGUUGGUUUUUAGUUUUGACCGAUACACUUUAGUGAAGCCAAAACAAUCACCAAAUGGUUCAGUUUCACCAAACCUGCCUUUUUCACCGGAAAAGGGGCUGGUCUGAAAAGUGUCACUCGACUGUAUUCCCGCUCAGUCCCUGCUGGCGGGCUCCUGCUGGGAUCCACUUUCCAAUGGGACCCCGCAGCAGGCCGGAGGCCAGGGGAACAAAGGUCACAGUCUCUUUGGACACCGGAGCCACCCAGCUGUACACUGCGCUCUCACUGGCAUGGCAUCACUCAGCGAUUCUGCUCAUGCAAAUCUGCUUAGCGAGCUCCCUGCUCUGAUCCCUGCUUGUCUUUCUCCCUCCUGCUUUAUACAUGUACUUGGGCAUUCCUACUAAUGUUCUGUGCCAAAACAAAAUGCUCAAUAAAAAAGCUGCACGCCCAGGGAACGAACGUAGUAGUCA